AUGUCCUAUCCGGCGGUUCCUAUCAAGAGCUCUCAUUCUGCAGAUGUGUGCGCUAGAGAGGAACCACUAUCAGAGCCUUAUAAUGACCAGGAGCAGUUGAUAGACGUCAUAUCAGCAGCCCCUCUCAUCAUACCUAAGGAAAUUGCCAUACCGGCAAAGGCAAACUGCAUUAAGGUUUCAAGUGUCUCAAGCAAGAUUUUGACACCAAGGGAGUACAAGGAGGACGUGAUUGAUGCCACACCACAGCCUAUAAGAACUUCAAGAUGCUUCUCUAAGUUCAGCUUUGAUUUCCAGAAUAAGGAAAACAAAGAACCCUUCAAGGAUGGGCUGCACAAGAAGAGGAAACUCUUUACUGGUGGUAUUGUUUCUUGCAACUACAUUCAAGACCUUCAAGAUGUCCAUAGGAGGAGUUUCAAACCGUCAGGUCCAGAAUGUAGAGAAGCUAAAGGAGCCUCAACUCUUCUAUUUGAUCAAUUGGUCAAUUAG